AUGGCACAGUGCCAAAUCAAGGCAAUUCUCUUCUGCUGGAAACAAGUCCAAGGGCAGUGCACCACGAGUGAAGGUGAAUGCACUAGCGCCGCACGCCAAGCGCCGCCUGCAAACAAAAAAAAUUCUCCCGCGCUGGACCUGCUUCUCACUAAACGUCAACUCAGUCGAUCACCACCACCCAGAUUGUUUGUUGCGAACAUCGCCAGCACCAUGGCACCCAAAAUACAUGUAGUCGAUCCGGACACGGAGACAGUCAUCGUUCUCAAGAAUUUGUGCACAAAAUUCAUAACAUGGAGCGAGGCAGUCGCUGGGAUCGCCAAAGAAGAGCCCAGGGCCAUUACUGGUAUCCUGGAUAACGGCUUAUCCGAACGUCAGCUGAGCCGUGAAGCUUUUCCUGCUAAGGUGACACUCACGAACGAGAAAGAUCGUAGUAAUUCAAUUCAUCUCGGGCGACACUGUGCAGAAGCUUCUACCCGAAUCGCAGCCGGGGCCUGGCCCGGGGAUCCACUACAAGGCAGCCUCCCGCCACCUGUAGCUCGCAUCGUCCUGGUUCAAGCGCGCGACAGCAAAAGAAGGAUGGGCUGA